GGAGGGAGGGUGAGUGCUCCUCGGGAUCCGGGCCUAGUAGUGCCGCCGCCGGGACUCUCCUGUCGCUCUCAUCCGCUGUCAAAAAUCCGAGAAUUGCCUUAUUUGGGGGGCACAAUGAAGGCGGCGGGCCUCGCGCGGAAGCUGCUUGACAUGGGAAUGGGAGGAAGCUUGCCAGCAUGAGUGGGCCACAUGCAGGCCCAAGCCGGGAGUCCAGCCGCCCUAUAAGCCCUGCUUGUGACGUCUCCCGCCAUCCUCGAUCCAACCACAAUAACGGCCCCCGCCCAAACAUGUCCGCCGCCGCCUCCUCCCUGCAGCGCGCAUCCCUCUACGGUUUUGCGCAAAGGGACCCCUCGCCCCCCUCAUCCACCUACAGCCCCCUGAGGAGGCUGCAGCACCUCACCACCAUGGUGAGCCAGCCCGACUUAGUUCUGCCCGCUCGCCCAGGUAAGAGCUGGGAUUGGGGGUCGGAUGAAAAGGGGGACUCUUGGGUGGACAGGGAUUACUACGACGGCAGUUUUGCAAAACAAGCCGAAGUCCAAAGCGGCGGCUCCAAAGAGGAGCCGGCAGCCACCUGUAGCAGUCCCAGUGUGUCAGAAAGGAAGACGGACGGUUGUUUCUCAUGCCCGGCAAGCCCGGCCUUCUCUCUCGAUAGCAGCAGCCCCUUUGCAAAUGGCCUCCUUCACUUUGAAUCCUCCUUGUUCGAGGACGAGGACAACGACGACUGUGACAAAGAGCAGCGGGAGGCGACGUACCUCGCCGUCACAGACUCUCGGGAUAAACACAAGACUCCAGAGAAUGAGCUUCAGUCCGCCUCUGUGGAUUCGCACUCGGCACCCAAGGAUACAAAGGUUUCAUCGGCAAAAGUCAUCACCCGGUCUCAAUCGUCGGGCUUUCGCCGAAGGUACUGGGAUGUUUCCGACGACGACUGGGAGAGCGACACGGACCUCUUCCUGUUUGGUGACAGCCCCUCCAGGCAUUUGAUGCAGAGCGACAUGAAACGAAGCUCUGUACCACCCGUCAAGUUUCUAGAGGGCGAGGUCAUUUGGGCUAAGUUCAACAGACGGCCAUGGUGGCCGUGCGAGGUGAUCGUUGACCCUGCGAAGGGAGUCUAUCACAGGGUGAAAGAGCCCAGUGAUCGGCCGUGUCGGCUCUACUACAUCAGGACUUUUGGGGAACCAGAGGAGCAAGCCUGGGUGGAAGAUAAAUCAACUCAUAUUUUUCACGGAGGCUUUCAGUUCGAGCAGCUUGCGCAGUUGCGUCGGAAGGCCAAGCAAAGGGGGCAGAAAUACAGGAUCGCUAAACGCUACGAGGCAUCUUGGAAAUUCAGUGUGGCUGAAGCCGAACGUAUUCUCCAGCAAAGACCCAACAUAGACUCUUUAACCAUGGACAAUUCCUCAAUGGUGACCAAGUCCUGUCCAUCUAUUUCACUUUCUGACCCCGCGGCAAUCUCCAACCUUCUGGAAAAUUCGCACACAAUCAAUGGAUCAUCUUCCCAGGUAUCAUCCCCAGUAGAAAAUAACAAAGGCACUUUAAAGAAGUCUUCUGACAAGUGGGAAGACUUGAACUCCUCAAAUAAGCAGUCGAAAAAGAUCCGACAUAAUAGCACCAACCAAUCAGAUAAGAAUGUAGAGUGCCCUUAUUCUGACCUUGACUCGGUCCCUAAGAUUUUGUGUCCUAAAGCACUUGAACGUCAAACUACAUCGACUCAUUCACCUGCUAAUGUCGCCAAGGAGGAAAAAAAACAACCAGAGAUGCAAAGUGGUCUGUGGUUCACUAAAUCAGGCAAAGACAGGCGACCUAAAACUGUUAGUCCGGAUCGGUCAGAUCCUACACUCUUCAGCAAUCUGCUCAGUAAGAAAAAGAUCUCCGCUGUUAAUAAAAACAUCAUGGCUCAAGAGGAUUCCGCCUCCCUCUCUGGGCAAGAUGAACAGGCUGGAUUGGUAACUAGCGAAACAAAGCUUGUGUCUGAGCAGUUGUGGCAGUUGGACUCUAAAAAUACCAUUGUAGCUAACAAACCUUCCAAAGGUACUGUUGAGCUGUUGUCACAACACCAGCGGUCGACAGAUUUUUCGGAUCCUCUUGGAUUGUCACAAUUGCAAGAGUCCGUGGUCUUUUCUGAACCUUGCGGAUCUUCGCAAAAUCGGCAGUCUGAGGGUCGUUUUGACCCUCAAGAGUUGAAAGAUGUUUCGGACCCUCGGGUUUUGGCACAAAAACAAGAGUCGGUAUUGUCUUCUGACCCUCGAGGGUUGUCACAAAAGCAGAAAUCUGUGGAUUCCUCUUACUCUAAAGGUCUAUCACAAAACCACGAGUCUAGGAAUUGUUCUGACACUCGAGGGUCUAGUCAAAAGAAUAAAGCUUCAUCAGACUCUCGGGGAUUGCCCCAAAAGCAUAAGUCAGUGGAUUCCUCUGACCCCGGAAGAACAUCACAAAAACAUAAAUGUGUGGCUUCUUCUGACCAUCAAGAAUUGCCCCAAAAGCAGGAAUCGGUGGAAUCACUUCAACGUUUAUCCAAAAAACAGAAGUCAGUGAAUUGUUUUGGCCCAGAAGGAUUGUCACAAAAGGAGUCCAGGGAUUCUUCUGACUCUCAAAUAUUCCCACGAAAGCAGAGGUCAGUGGAUUAUUCAGCCUCUCCAAAAUUAACCCUAAAGGAGAAGUUUGUCGACGCUUCUGAUCAACUGUCGCAGAAGCAGAAAUCCGUCGAUUCUUCUGAUACUCGACGAAAAAAACGGGAAUCCAUGGAUUCUUCUGACCUUCCAGGAUCAUCACAAAAACAGAAAACUGCAGAUUCUUUGUGCCCUCAAAAAUCAUUACAAAAUUCUUUUUAUCCUGGAUCAUUGUCACAAAAAGAGAAAUCAGUGACUUAUUCAAACCUUCAAAAAUCACCGCAAAAGCAAAAAUGUGUGGAUUCUUCUGACCGUCAAGGACUAAAGCACGAGCCUAGGAAUUCAUCUAAAUCUCGAGAAUCGGCUCAAAAGCAGAAGUCAGUCGAUUAUUUUGGCCCAGAAAGAGUCUCAAAAAAGAGGUCAAGGGAUUCUUUGAAUCACCACCAAACAUGGUCACAAAAGUCCAAGGAUUGUUUUGACCCUCAAGGAUCUCAAAAGCAGAACUCAGUCAGUGAUUUUGGACCUCAAGCAUUGUCAAAAAUGGGGUCAAAGGAUUCUUUUCCUCACCAAACUGAGUCCAGGGAUUUGUCAGACACUCAAGGCUCAUCAAAAAAGCAGAAAUUUCUGGAGUUGUCUGACCAUCGAGGAUCGUCCCAAAAGCAGAAGUCAGUGGAUUGUUUUGGUCUGAAAAGAUUGUCACAUAAGGAGGAGUUAAGAGAAUCUUCGAACCUCCAAAUAGUGUCACCAAAGUGGAAGGCAAUGGAUUCUUCCAGCCCUCAAAGAUCAUCACAAACACUGGAGUCCCGCCACUUUUCUGACCUUCAUGGAUCAUCCCAAAAGCCGAAGUCACUGCUUUCUCACUCUCGAGGAUCGCCCCAGAAGAAACCUCACACCCAAGAAUCAUCACAAAAGCAGAAAUCCCUACAGACUUCAGACCUUCAAAAGUCAUCCCAAAAGCAGAAGUCAAUGAAUUCUUCUCAACCUCAAGGAUCAUCCCUAAAGCAGAAGUCAGUGAAUUCUUCUCAACCUCAAGGAUCAUCCCAAAAUCAAAAGUUAGUUGAUUUUUCAGAUGCCCAUAGAUCAUCACAGAAGCAGCAGUCAGUGGCUUCUUCUGACCCUCAAGCUUCACCACAAAAGCAGAUUUCCAGAGAUUCGCUUGAUCAUCGAGGAUCGUCACAUAAGACAAAGUCGACGGCUGCUUGUGACUCUCGUGAAGUGUCAAAAAAGCACGAGUCCUUGGGUUCUUCUGACCGGAGACAGUUGUCGCAAAAGCAGGAGUUGAACUAUUUCUCGGACACUCGAGUUUUGUCCCCGAAGCUGAAGUCAGUGGAUUCCUCGAAACCUCGAGGAUCAUCACAAAGGCAGGAGUCCAGGAACUCUUCUGACACUCAAGUUUUGUCACAAAAGCUGAAGGCAGUGAGUUUUUCUGAUCCCCGUGGGUCACCACCAAAGCAGAUAUCCAAGGAUUCUUCUGACCCUUGUAGAUCAUCACAUAAGAAGAAAUCAAUAGAUUUGUUUGAGCCUGAAAAAUCACCCCAUAAGAAGAAGUUGGUGGAUUUUUCCGACUUUGGGGUGUCGUCAAAAAAGCUGGAGUACCGGCAUUCCUCCAACCCCCAAGCAUCGUCAAAAAAGCAGAGUUGUAAGUAUUCUUCUGAUCCUCCAGUUUUGUCUCACAAGCUGAAGUCAGCCGAUUCAUCUCAAAAACAGGACUCCAAGGUUUCCUCUGACCCGCGUGGAACAUCACAUAAGCAGAAAUCACCGCAUCCAUCUGAGGUCCAAAGAUCGUCACAUAAGCAGUCAUUGGAUUCUUCCGACCCGCGAGUAUCGUCCCAAAAACUGCAAAACCGGAAUUCCUCUGAUCCCCAGGGAUCCUCACAAGCGUCUGUGGAUUCUCCUAGGUCCCCUGAGAAGUCUGCUUCUUUAAAGGGUGGACAACUGAUCCCUAAUUCUAAACACAAAAGUCCGAGGCCUUCAAGUAGCACACCUGUUAAAAGUAUCAGCAAGCGACCCGGUGUAACGUUCAACAGUCAAAGUGAUCCAUGUCAAAAGAGCGCCGGUCCAAAAAUUGCUCUUUACCAGACAGAAGAAAGGGAAGUCAAUACCAAGACUGAUGUAUCAACAGACCUUCAUGAUGCUCUGAUUGCCCAAUGUAAACUACCAUUUGUUAAAUUGAUGCGCCAAGACACGAAUAUUCAGAAUUACUUGAAGUCUCAAAGUACUCCGAGCCAAGACGACCAAACUGGAUGUCCAGAGACAAAUGAACCCCAAAGAACAACAGUUGCUCACCCCUCUUCUAAGUCAGACAAGAUGGACCGAGCAGCAAGUAUCUUUGAAACUAGUGUGAACAAUAACAUUCCCCAAAACAGUGAAGACAAAAGUGUGUCUGGAAAUACCAAUGGCAAAAGUCUUUUGGGGAAUACCAAAGAUAAAAGUGUUUCUGGAAAUCGCCAAGACAAAAGCGUGUACAGAAAUAGCGAAGACAAAAAUGUUUCUAGAAAUGGUGAGGACAAAAGGCUUUCCGGGAAAAAUGAAGCUGUGUCCGGGUAUAGUGAAGAAAACCCUUUUCCGGAAUUUUCCAGAAUCAGUGAAGACAAAAAUGUUUUGAGAAAAAACGAGGACAAAAUUUUGUCUAUAAAUGGUGAUCAUAAAGUCGGUGAAGACGAGCAUAUUUUCAGAAAAAAUGAUGAUGGCCAAAGUUUUUCUUCUCAUAGUGGACACAAACUUGUUUUGGGUCAAAAUGUGUGUCAAAGUAGUAAAGACAAGAGUGUGUCUGGAUAUAGGGAAGACAAAAUAGUUUUCCGAAUUGCUGAAGACCAGCAUGUUUUCAGACGAAAUGAAGACAAAAAUAUUUGUGGAAGUGAAGACAAAGAUAUGUCCAGAAUGACUGAUUCCAAAACUGAAGACAUAAGGGUUUCUAGAUGCACUGAAGACAAAUAUGUAUUUACAAAUACUGCAGACAAAUGUGAGAAGACAAUUGUUUCCAGAAACGGUGUGUCCAGAAAAGAUGCUGACUGUUCAGACUCUGAGACGACGGAGAGAAAAGCAAAGUGUGCUCCAAUUUCUUGCGAUCUUUCACAAGGUUCUCAGCAACCUUGUGUGGUGCACAUCACAACCCCUGUGCCCUCUCAACAUGAUCAGAAUCCCGAAUCUGGGAAAGUGCCCCUAGAACCAUCAUCGCCCAAGACCAAUUGUCUUACAUCAAAGCCCAUCACUGAUAACUUGCCAGAAGUUCUUCCGCCCGCCCAUCUUCCAGCCAGCAACCGACUGAUGUCGAGAGCGCUGAAAACCAUGAAGGUCCUGCAAAAGCUGAAGCAUGGAAAAGCCAAAAGGAAGGCUGCACAGAAAGAACUGUUGCGUCAGAGCAAAAACCACAACAACCGUUCUCAGGACCCAGAAAGCAAUUUAGACCUGAGCACUAAAGUCAAACCGGCAGAGGCCCAAUAUUGUGACUCUGAUCAGGACACCGUGUCCAGUUGUAAAAGCCCUCCCUCGAUCUAUUCCCAUUCCACUGAAGUCAAGAGCGAAGAGGAAGUGCUGUCAGUGUCUUCAACCCCACCAAUGGACUUCAUCCCCCUCACCUCCAAUGUAAAGACAAAGGAGGCGAACCAAAGCACCUCUUUGUCACCGCCAUUUUCUUUUAUGAAUGCUUUGAAAAACACUAAGGAGGUCUCCUUCCAAUCCUUGACCGACGAAGCCGACGGCAAAGCCCUCGCCUUCAAACCGGACAUGAACUACAAGUUCAGCACUUUUCUUAUGAUGAUGAAAGACAUGCACGACACUCGAGAGCGCGACGGGGCCCCCUUAGAACUGGAGAUUGGACCGCCAAGUGCCCAUGUCAAGAAAGAACCUUCGGUGAUGCCUGGGACGGCUCCACUCGCAGGACAACAACAACCCAUUGUGAAUGCUGAUCCAGAUUUUCGCCCAUACGUGGACACAAGUCGAAGGGGGCCUUAUAAGAGAAGGAGCAGCUCCACUUGGAUGAAGAGUAAAGCUGACCGCAAAGUGCCUAGUUGGCCUGCCGGGUCUGGACCCGGCUACCCAGGCGUGGGAUCCCUGCUGGGGAUCGACAUUUCCUCUGUACUAGAUUACUCGUCGAAGGUUCGGUCCCUGUUGGAUGUCCAGGCCUGCCACUGGGAGGGCCAACCCGGCAACGAUGAAGGAUUGUUGAGGUGGGGCGGAGACUUUGAACAGAUGAAUGACUUUGUCUCCAACUGCACCAAAGCCAAGACCAGCCUGGCCCGUAACACCCGAGAAGGCCAUGACGAUUUAUCAGCCAAUAAACGAGUGCGGAAACCAAGCAAGAGGCUCCUAGAAUGGACUGAAGAGUACGAGCAGAUCUUUUCCUCCAAGAAGAAAUCUAAAAAGCCUCUUCCAACAAUUUCAAUGGACAACCAAGCACUUUCAUCUCAAGCACCUGUAGUGGACAAGAACGCGCUGGAGCCUCCAUCCUUGAACGCACUUCCUGAAAUGCAGACGCCGCCUCCGGAGGAAAUCACCCUCACCACGGAACUCCAAAUCCCCAGCGCCCAAAACGCAUCCCCGCAGGAAGCGCCGGCGCUUUCCAUCGACACCUUGACCCCGCCUCCCGAGGCCGACGCCGAACCGCCACCAAUGGAAGACCUCGCCAGAGACGACCGCAAGCUGCAAAAGAAGCGGAAGAGGAAACCAACUCCCAAGAUCCUGGAAUAUUGUCUCGAAGCCGAGGCCUCGGCCAGCCCGAAGAAGAAGAUCAAAAUUGUGAAGAGCAACUCGUACGAUGCUCCUGAAACAGAUCCUGAUCCUCCCGCUCUAAAACCGAUGAGCCCGGUAGUUUCCGCGUCACUGGCGACGGCAACCCACCUGACCCCAGCCAGCCCCCCAGCGCUGGCGCCGGCGCUGUCCGAACAGGCGGACGGGACGCUUUCAGACUUUCCUCAAGCGGACGAUGGAUUGAAGUACACGACGGAGUCGGAGGGUGAAGCCUCCGUGUUGGACCAGAGCUUCUCCUCCACCCGAGACGAGUCGUGUGGCGACGUGCUCGGACUAGGCCGGAGGAUCAUCGGUGACCGAGGUGGCCCGGCCUCUUUGAAGGAGAACGUGUGUCAGGUGUGUGAGAAGACAGGCGAGCUGCUGCUCUGCGAGGGGCAAUGCUGCGGCGCUUUUCACCUGGCCUGCAUCUCAUUGGCCGAGGCCCCCAAGGGGAAGUUUGUGUGCCCGGAAUGCAAGUCAGGUGUUCACACUUGCUUCGUGUGUAAGAAGCGUAGCGAGGACGUGCGGCGCUGCAUGAUCCCCGUGUGCGGCAAGUUCUACCACGGCGAGUGCAUCGCCGCCUACGCGCCCACUGCGCCCGUCAGUCGCGGCUUCCGCUGUUCCAUCCACGCCUGCCUCGCCUGCUUCAUCGCCAACCCCGGCAGUCCCUCCGUCUCCAAAGGUCGUCUGGUGCGCUGCGUACGCUGCCCGGUUGCUUACCACGCCAACGACAUGUGCAUGGCGGCCGGCUGCGUGGUCCUCUCCAGCAACAGCAUCAUCUGUCCUAACCACUUCACGCCGCGGCGCGGUGUCAAGAACCACGAGCACGUGAACGUCAGCUGGUGUUUCGUCUGCACCGAAGGGGGCAGUCUGCUGUGCUGCGAGUCGUGCCCGGCGGCCUUCCACCGAGAGUGUCUGAACAUGGAGAUGCCCAAAGGCAGCUGGUACUGCAACGAUUGCAAGGCCGGCAAGAAACCCCGCUACCAGGACAUUCUGUGGGUCAAGGUGGGACGCUACAGAUGGUGGCCCGCCGAGGUCAGCCACCCCAAAAGCAUCCCGGAGAACAUCCAGCGCAUGAGGCACGACGUGGGCGAGUUCCCCGUCCACUUCUUCGGCUCCAACGACUACCUGUGGACCUACCAGGCGCGCGUCUUUCCCUACAUGGACGUGGACGCCAACAGCAGAGAGAAGAUGGGCAAAGGCGUGGACAACACUUACAAGAAAGCUCUGGAGGAGGCGGCCGUACGCUUUCGUGAGCUUCAGGCCGAGAAGGAGCUUCGGCAGCUUCAAGAGGACAGAAAGAACGACAGGAAGCCGCCGCCGUACAAACACAUCAAGGUGAACCGGCCAAUAGGGAAGGUCCAAAUCGUCACGGCCGACCUGUCUGAGAUCCCGCGCUGCAACUGCAAGGCGACGGACGAGAACCCGUGCGGCGGAGACUCGGAGUGCAUCAACCGCAUGCUGCUCUACGAAUGUCACCCGCAGGUUUGCCCGGCCGGCGAGCGCUGCCUCAACCAGACGUUCAGCAGGCGUCAGUACAGCCAGGUGGAGAUUUUCAGGACGCUGUCUCGAGGUUGGGGCCUCCGCUGCGUACAUGACAUCAAGAAGGGCCAGUUCGUGAGCGAGUACGUCGGCGAGGUGAUCGACGAGGAGGAGUGCCGGAACAGGAUCAGACACGCCCAGGAGCACGACAUCUGUAACUUCUACAUGCUAACUCUGGACAAGGAUCGUAUCAUCGACGCCGGUCCGAAAGGGAACGAGGCUCGCUUCAUGAACCACUGCUGCCAGCCCAACUGCGAAACGCAGAAGUGGACGGUGAGCGGCGACACGCGCGUCGGACUGUUCGCCCUGGUGGACAUCCCGGCUGGCACCGAACUCACCUUCAACUACAACCUGGAGUGUUUGGGCAACGGCAAGACGGUGUGCAAGUGCGGCGCGCCCAACUGCAGCGGCUUCCUCGGCGUGAGGCCCAAGAACAACCCGCCGUCAGACGACAAAGGCCGCAAGAUGAAGCGGCGCGGCCACGGCAGAAGGAAGAAGAAGGUGGUGGUGACCAAAGAGCGCGAGGACGAGUGUUUCAGCUGCGGCGACGGCGGCCAGAUGGUCUCCUGCAAGAAGCCCGGCUGCCCCAAGGUCUACCACGCCGACUGCCUCAACCUCACCAGGAGGCCCGCCGGCCGCUGGGAGUGCCCGCGUCACCAGUGCGACAUCUGCGGCAAGGAGGCACUGUCCUUCUGCGAGGCGUGUCCCAGCUCUUUCUGCGAGCAGCACCGCGAGGGCCUGCUCUUCAUCUCCAAGCUGGACGGAAAGCUUGCCUGCACCGAGCACGAUCCGUGCGGGCCCCACCCGCUGGAGCCGGGCGAGAUCCGCGAGUACGACCAGACCUUGACGUCAGGCUUGGGCAUGGCUGUCGUCACGCCGCCGUCAUCGUCCACCGUGCCGCGCGUCCGACCCGCCGGCGCGCCCCCCACCGGGCUCCGGGACGUCAGCCGGGACUCCUUUCCUGCCUUUUCCAUAUCGAUGCCCAUUACCAUUCCCGUCUCGGCGCCGGCCGCCUCGCCUCCUGCGGGCGGCGGCUUUGACCUCCCGCAGUACUCGCCCAUCUCCUCCUACGAGGAGGACGAGGAGGAGAUGCCGGAAGAAGAGAACGAGGAGGACGAGGAGGAGGCUCUGGAAUAUCUUGAGAUCAGAGAUGAUGAGGAGAAGGAAGAGGAGGAGUGACGCAGCGGUUUGUUACUACCCGAUCGUAGCGUGUCGUUUAUUCUGUUACAGGAAGCACUUGCGACGCAAGCUCGGACCCUUUGCACAUAUUUGCGACAACUGUAAAAAAAAAAUAAUAAUAAUAACAAAUGUUUCAUUGGCACGGUGUUGCACCAUGACCUCAUUUCCAGCGUUCGCCAGCCAUUCACCUCAGGAGACUCAAUAUGAGAGCUGUCGUCUGCCUUUUACACACCUAACAAUUGGCCAAAUGAUCCAGGGGCGUCGCUAGGGGGUGGCCCUGGCUACCACACCGUCUCACCCACAUAUGCCAGUGUCGUGCGCUCCGCCAGCAACCUGGUGGGAGACUUUCCUUCGUCAGGGAAUCAUUUUUAUCCAUCAGACCGUUUAAUUUAUUUAUUUGAAGUGUAAAAGUUUUUGAGCCAGCUUUCAUUUUGAUUCUCACGCUUCCUAAUCCCACUUGAGCAGAAGUCAGCCUCUGUUGGACUGGCCUUUCCCGUUUCACUGGACACUUGUUGCCUCCUUGUCAGCAGGCGGACAUUUUGGACCUUUGGACUAAUCAAGGGAGCGACGCAACGCGCCUUUGACGGCGCUUUCAUCCAAAUGUGAAGGUGAACAAUCACAAAACAUCACGGGCGGGAUCUUGACAUAGCACUCGAGUCCGAAAGACAUUUCUCAGAAUGUGAGGGGGCAAAUGCGAGAUGGACAAAAGUAUUGGGACAGGACCCUUAAUCAAUUAACGGUUCAGUGGUUGAACUUAGUUUACUUCUCUUUUUAUCGUGCUUGUCCUCAUUUGCAGUUUACCCCCAAAAAAUGAAGUGGGGUCCAACCAGGAUCGGUCAAGGUUCCCUUUCACAUUGAUGUUUUAAGAACCUUUUGCUCUCCCCUGAACAAGAAACGUUGGAUAAUUACGUGCUUCCAAUUUUUCUUUUUUUUACGUCGUGUGUCCCGAUACUUUUGUCCAGAUAUUUUCCACUAUGAUGCAUUUAUGGAGGGCAAAAAAAAAAAACCUGGUCUUAACACUGAAACACCAGAGAGAUGGCACUAAGUUGCAGUGUGUAUGCCGUAGUCAUUUAUUUAUAUUACUGUAAUUGUGACGCACAACUGCCACCGUGUUGCUUCUGUGUGCGAGCGUGUGUAUCGUCCUCAAGACUAAAUCAAGUAUUGUGUGUGUGUGUGUGUGUGCGAGAGCGAUCUGCCUAAAAGUGUCUUCUCCCUGGAGCUAUUUUGAAGAAAUGGAUCGGGCGCCCCCUUACUAACAUCUCGUUCCAGUCAGUUCCGUCUUGCCGUCAUCCAUACGCAAAAUAUACAGUAAAUAUAUAAAUAUAUAUAUAGAGAGAGAAAGAGAGAUGUUGUGAAAUAAGCACUUUGUACUGGCCUCAUUUUUUUUUUCUGCUCCAUCAUGAAGCCAAAAUAAAAAGUAGAACUGCAAGUGGCAAA